CGAUUAGUCUGCCAAGCGAGAGGGAUAAAGAAGCAGAUUGGAAAAGAUACUUGGAGACAGGAGGAAGAGGAGUCGAGGAGGCAAAUCUAGAAGGGAUCACAUGGAAUUGCCUUGCGGGGUAGGAGAGGAUACAGCAAAGACCACAAGAACUCUGCAAAUAUAGGCCAAGGAUGACGUCACCGAAUCUUGUGCGAGGAUUGGGUGGUCCCCCACCAGCGCCUGCCUUCCUCCUUGGCACGCAUCUUGAAGCAGUCGGGUGGAGGAGAUGGGCUCACGUUGGUGUGGCUGAGUUGUUCCGGAGGGACAAGCGAGGAGAUGGCUUAUAAAUAAAACAAGAGAUCAAAGGAAGCCAUGAAGAGAGGAGGUGGUAGUGGCUUUGCUUGGUAUCCAAUUCAAAGAUUGAGUGAAGAUUUGGGGGGUGAAAUCUGAUGGCUAUAGUUCAUAGCAUUUGAUUUCCUCGCUGGAUGUUGAUAAACAAACAAAAAACAAAACAAAACAAGGCUAGGCAAGGUGGAGAAGGACAAGGAGAAGGAGAAGGAGAAGGAGAACCUUCAUCGCCUCUUCCUCGUCUUCUCUGCCAUUUGAUUCCUCUCUUCGGCAUCACUUGAUUACAGAAAGAAAGAAAGCAAGCAAGCAAGAUAAGAAAAUAUGGGUGUUGAUAGACAGGCACAGUUUCAUGUGUUGGCUGUAGAUGACAGUCUCAUUGACAGGAAGCUCAUUGAGAGGCUCCUCACGACCUCAUCCUACCAAGUUACCACAGUGGAUUCGGUGAGCAAGGCUCUUGAAUUGUUGGGACUGAGAGAGGAACCGGGUGUCUUAUCACCUGAUUCACCAGAUAAGAAUGAGAUUGAGGUGAACUUGAUCAUAACAGAUUACUGCAUGCCCGGAAUGACAGGGUAUGAUCUUCUCAAGAGAAUUAAGGGUUCAUCGUCUUUGAAGGACAUUCCAGUUGUGAUCAUGUCCUCUGAGAACGUGCCUUCAAGGAUCAAUAGAUGCCUUGAAGGUGGAGCAGAAGAGUUCUUUCUCAAGCCCAUGCAGCUUUCAGACAUGACAAAGCUCAGACCUUAUAUGCAAAAAGGAAAACUGAAAGAAGAGCAACAACAGCAAUCACAACCAGAGGAAAAAAACAGCAACGACGGAAAUGUCAGUCAUAAAAGAAAAGCCGCCAUGGAUGAUGAUGAACUUAAGCCUGAGAAAACAAGGCCAAGAUUGUCCUGUAGCAGCUCGGCAUAUACAUGAAAUGAAGAGAGCUAGUUUCUCAAUUACCAUUUUUUACUUCUUAAUUUCUUCUCCUGCAAUUAAUUCAAACACAUACACCUAUUACUUUCCGGAUAUUCUAGUUUUCCUCACAAAACCAUUGAUGUUCGACACAUACACUUCUUUCUUUAGGGAAUUAGGAAGGAAAGAAGAUGUGUAGACAUGUGUCAUUAUUGUGUUCCUCGAGCUUCCAGAGAAUCAAUUUAUUGUCAUGCAUUGUGGGAAGCUUUUCAGUGACUCACUGAACCCUUGUUCUUA